AUGUCUGAUCAAUCUAUUGUGGCCUCUUUGGCCGAAUACGUUACUAUUGGUUUAUCAUAUUUUAUGAGUUUACCUUUAUCACAACGUAUCUCCAUUGUAUUCAUUGCUCCUUUCAUUUACUCCAUUACUUGGCAAUUACUAUAUUCUUUGAGAAAGGAUAGACCUCCUUUGGUCUUCUAUUGGAUUCCAUGGGUUGGUUCUGCUGUCACUUAUGGUUCUAAACCAUACCAAUUCUUUGGUGACUGUCAAAAGAAGUAUGGUGACUGUUUCUCAUUUAUGUUGUUGGGUAGAAUUAUGACCGUCUACUUGGGUCCAAAGGGUCAUGAAUUUGUAUUCAAUGCCAAAUUGGCUGAUGUCUCCGCUGAAGCUGCUUAUGCUCAUUUGACUACCCCAGUUUUCGGUAAAGGUGUCAUCUACGAUUGUCCAAACCAUAGAUUAAUGGAUCAAAAGAAGUUUGUUAAAGGUGCUUUGACUAAAGAAGCUUUCGCUAGAUACGUCCCUCUAAUGGUCGAAGAAAUGGUUAAAUACUUGAGAUCUUCUCCUUUCUUCAAGAUAAAUGAGAAAUCUGAAGGUACCGUCAAUGUCUUGGCUACUCAAUCUGAAAUGACCAUCUUCACCGCUUCAAGAUCUUUGUUGGGUAAAGAAAUGAGAGAUAAAUUGGAUACCGAUUUUGCUUACUUGUACUCUGAUUUGGAUAAAGGUUUCACCCCAAUUAACUUCGUCUUCCCAAACUUACCAUUGGAACACUAUAGAAAGAGAGAUAACGCUCAAAGAGUUAUCUCUUCCACUUAUUUGUCUUUGAUCAAGAAGAGACGUGAUGAAAAUGAUAUCCAAGAUCGUGAUUUGGUUGAUACUUUAAUGAAAAACUCUACUUACAAAGAUGGUGUUAAGAUGACUGACAAAGAAAUCGCUAACUUGUUAAUCGGUGUCUUGAUGGGUGGUCAACAUACUUCUGCUGCUACUUCCGCUUGGGCUUUGUUACAUUUGGCUGAAAGACCAGAUGUUCAAAAGGAAUUGUACGAAGAACAAAUGAGAGUAUUGGAUAACGGUAAAAAGGAAUUGACUUAUGAUUUAAUCCAAGAAAUGCCUCUAUUGAACCAAUGUAUUAAGGAAACUUUGAGAUUACACCAUCCUUUGCACUCUAUCUUCCGUAAGGUUAUGAAGGAUAUGAAAGUUCCAAACACUUCUUACGUUGUUCCAAAGGAUUACUACGUUAUGGUCUCUCCAGGUUACACACAUUUGCAAGAUGAAUACUUCCCAAAUGCUAAACAAUUCAACAUGCACAGAUGGGAUAACGAUGCCACUUCUUCUUACUCUGUAGGUGAAGAAAUCGAUUAUGGUUUCGGUGUCGUUACUAAGGGUGUCUCUUCUCCAUACUUGCCUUUCGGUGGUGGUAGACACAGAUGUAUUGGUGAACAUUUCGCUUACUGUCAAUUAGGUGUCUUGAUGUCCAUCUUCAUCAGAACUAUGACUUGGAAAUUCCCAGAAGGUAGAACUGUUCCAAAUUCAGAUUUCCAAUCUAUGGUUACCUUGCCAUUGAACCCUGCUGACAUUAUCUGGACUAAGAGAGAUGCUGCUCAAGUUAUCUAA